AUGACGGAGUUUUAUGGUGAUCGUCUACUGGACAUCCCCUGUAACGUUUGCGGUGACAGAAGCUCUGGCAAGCACUAUGGAAUCUACAGCUGUGAUGGUUGUUCCGGCUUCUUCAAGCGAUCGAUCCACAGGAACAGGGUGUACACAUGCAAGGCGGGCGGGGAGAUGAAAGGCCGGUGCCCUGUGGACAAGACCCACAGGAACCAGUGCCGCGCCUGCCGGCUCGCCAAGUGCUUCCAGGCCAACAUGAACAAGGACGCAGUCCAGCACGAGCGCGGGCCGCGCAAGCCGAAGCUACACGUGGGCGCGCUGGCGCUGCCGCCUCCGAUGGCGCACGCACACAAGCCGCACGCGCUCAAGCUGUCACCACCCUCACCGUACGCACCGCUGCCGCAGACCUUCAACUUCCAAUUCAGUAUGAGCAGCAGCAUGAGCGAGCCAGCGCCGCUGAGCGCGGCGUCGUCAGCGGGGUCGAGCGGCGCUGGCGGAGCGGGCGCCGUCAGUCCGUUACCGUUGGUGCCCGAGCCGUUCCUGCCGCCGCCGCCACUGCUGCACAUGCUCAUGUCCAGCGACAAGUGCCAGGAACUGAUGUGGAGCGCUAAGCAGCUGCAGCUCCAAGGCGACCCCUCGCUCCUUCGGCCUCCGCCGAGCGCCUUUGGUGCUCCGCUGGCGCCUACAUGGGAACUUUUACAAGAGACGAGCGCUCGGCUGUUAUUCAUGGCAGUGCGCUGGGUGCGGUGCCUGGCGCCGUUCCAGGCGCUGACGCCGGCAGACCAACUGGUACUGCUGCGCGCCGCGUGGAAGGACCUGUUCCUACUACACCUGGCGCAGUGGUCGGCGCCUUGGGAUCUGGCGCCGCUCUUGGCUGCACCGGCGGCGCGCGCUCGCCUGCCGCCCGACCCGCUGGCCGAUCUGGAGCUCAACACACUGCAGGAAAUACUAUGCCGUUUUCGGCAGAUAGCGCCCGACGGUAGCGAGUGCGGCUGCAUGAAAGCAAUCGUGUUGUUUUCGCCAGAUACUCCUGGCUUGAGUGAGACGCAACCAGUAGAGAUGUUGCAAGACCAGGCGCAGUGUAUCCUCGCCGACUACGUCCGCACAAGAUAUACAAGACAACCAACGAGAUUCGGGCGCCUGCUGCUGUUGCUGCCGUCGCUGCGGGCGGUGCGCGCGCGCUCCAUCGAGCUGCUCCUGUUCCGAGACACCGUGGGGGACGUGUCCGUCGCCACCUUGCUCCACGACAUGUACCGGAUGCAGCCAGCGCCAGCACCGGCCUUCGGGCCGCCGCACCCUCCUCCAACUGAACAUUGCGCCUCUCCUUAGAUUUGAAGACAACAAACAGACUCUUCAGAAUCAUUCAG